CAACUUGCAUUCGUCCUUCGAGACUCAGCAACACGAAGGAACACCUCACAAUUUGCGCCCUCGAACGCGAUUACAUCUGCCAACGUCCCUCCCUUUACACCCCUCCUUGAUACAACUAGGCAACUUUCCGUAUUCCCAGUCCAAUCCUUCCAUGUACCGAUUCCAUCCCGUUUCAGACCAGCAUCUCCGCGGUCUACCCAUCACAGUCUCUUUAAUUGUAGCCUUCGCAUGUACCACAAUAAUUUUGUGCACGGCCUUCAUGAUACCACAGCACGGCGUUGGCAGACACGAAAACGCUCCUUUUAGAAAUCGAUGUAUAGCACCAACGAUAAUGCACGCGCCUAGCAGGGCCUAUAUUCCUUCAUAUUGUAUUAUUGAGAAAUUUACACUGGUUAAGAAAUGAGUGUGGGCAUGUACAAUAGAAAUAAGCAUCUUAUCGCGAUCGAUAGACAGAUCGACGAAAAUAAGGUACGG